AUGGGAGGCUGCGAGUUCAAAUUUAGAGGAUCAUGUGAUGAUACUUGUACUGAUAUGCUAUUAAUAUAUAUAUAGAGAUGUCUCUAUAGAAUUUUGAAUUAAUAUCUGUUAUUGGUCAAGGAGGUUUUGGUAAAGUAUACAAGGCUAGACUCUAAAAGACAAGAAAUUUAAUAGUUGCUUUAAAAGUUAUGUCUAAAGUUAGGUAUUAAAUCAUUUUUAAACAUAAGAGUUAUACAAAAAAAGAGUGUUAGUUCAGUCAUGAAUGAAUUAUAAAUAUUGUCAACAUUAAAGCACGAGUAUUAUUUUAAUAUUACAUAUCUAUAGAUUUAUCAUUAAUAUUGUAAGUGCAUUUUAAGAUCGUUAUCAAUUAUAUUUAGCAAUGGAUUUCUUAGCUGGAGGAGAUUUAAGAUUUCAUAUUUGUAAAUAUAGAAAAUUUUCAGAAUCAAUUACUAAACAUAUAGCUGCUUGUAUUAUUAUUGGAUUAGAUUACAUUCAUUCCAAUGGAAUAAUACAUAGAGAUAUUAAACCUGAAAAUCUAGUUUUUGAUAGUGAUGGUUAUUUAAGAAUCACAGAUUUUGGUAUUGCAAGAAUAUGGAAACCUUAAAAUAGUCAUGAAACUAGUGGUACUCCAGGAUAUAUGGCUCCUGAAGUUAUGUGUAGAUAAAAUCAUGGCAUUGCUGUAGAUUACUUUGCACUAGGAAUAAUAAUGCAUGAAUGCAUUGUAAUUUAAUAUAUUUGAUUGAUUAAGUUAGGUAAAAGACCUUAUAAUGGUAAAAGUAGAUAAGAAAUCAGAGAUUAAAUUAUAGCAAAAUAAGCAGUAUUAACAGAUGUUCCAUAAGGUUGGAGUGAUGAAGCUAUUAAUUUUACAAAUUAACUUAUAAAUAGAAAACCAACCAAUAGAUUAGGAUAUAAUGGACCCGAAGAAGUUAAAAAUCAUCCAUGGUUUAAAGAUAUAUAUUGGAAUGAUUAUGAAAAAAAGUUAAUACCUUCUCCAUUUAUUCCAGAUGGAAAAUUAGAAAAUUAUUUAAAAUCAAAUAGAUUAGAAUCUUUAGAAGAUUAAUCAAUCCUACAUUCGGAACAAAUCUAAUGUAUAAUAUUGAUCAAACCUUUAGAAUAAUUUCUCGGUUAUGAAUAUCUGCCUUAAGUAAAUGGACAAACAUCUUUGAUGUCAGCUAUUGUCUCUCCAAGAACUUCUAAUAUAAGAAUUUAACUUAAAGAAUAAUGA